AUACUCGUACAUAUAAUCCCUGUGUAGUUGUGUUUGUGUGGGUUUUUAACUUUUUAUUAUUGAGUGGGAGAGGAACAUACAACAAAAGGAGUCGACCAAUUUCUUUUGAUUUUUCCGUCGUCACCUAUCACCGGAGAUCUCAUCCUCUCUCUCAAUCUAGGGUUCUUCGCUUCUCAAUUUCCCGUAUCUUUCCAGUUUAAUCUUUGUUGAUUUUCUCUGGUUAGGGUUUUUUUGGAAGAUUCUGAACGAGUUCCUGAGCACAAAUAGGAAGCAUUAAUCAUGUCGGCGCUUUUCAAUUUUCACUCUUUCUUGACGGUGGUGCUUUUAGUUAUUUGUACAUGCACUUAUAUCAAGAUGCAUUUUCCUGCCCUUCUUGAACAGAGAACUGGAUUUCGAGGGUUCUUUUGGAAGGCUGCUAGGAUUGGUGAAAGGCUGAGUCCAUGGGUGGCUGCAGGAUGCUUUACAAUAGGUGUAUCAAUAAUAUUUUUCUAAUAGAAAACCAAUGUUAUGUUUGCGAAUUUUGCUCAUGACAAGCUGCUCCUGGAAUGUGAAGUUGAACCUCUCCAAAGUGUUUACAUGAGGAUUUUUUCGCACCUUUUGUGUCUAAUCAAGGAGUUCAUUUUUUUUAAUCAAGUCUACUUUGUAAUGUAGGACAUUGAUAUUAAUUUUACAUCAUGGAAAACCUUAGUGUAAUUGUUUGUGACAGCAUAAUUAUAAUACUUGUAAUAUUGUGCCACGCAAUACGCCAAUACUAGUACCUGUAAGUACGGGUCUAUAUUUUCUACUACCUCUAUGCUGUGUCUUAUAGAGAUUGUCAUA